AUGUCCAACACCAUCUCUGAGACGUCAUCAUCGACCGCUGCGGUUGCUUCCACAUCCACCAAGGCUCUUGGAAUGAGGAGAAAUGGCAAACAAUGGCAUCCGCCAAAAAAGGCCUUCCGUCCGGGGUCGGGUCUGACGUCCUACGAGAAACGAGCGAAAGAGCGGUUAGCUACCGCUGCAAUGAAGGCGAAGGAGAAGGAACUGAAGGACGAGAAAGAAGCAGAGCGCCAGAGACGGAUACAAACGAUCCGUGACAGGCGGGCGGCCAAGGAAGAGAAGGAGCGGUACGAAAAAAUGGCAGAGAAGAUGCAUAAGAAGCGGGUUGAGCGCCUCAAACGCAAAGAGAAGAGGAACAAAGCGCUCAACUCUUGA